GGAGAGCUCCCAGUGCUCUGCCAGCUUCGGAGGCGGGAGGCAGAGCCACAGCAGAUGAAGACCCAUUCCCUCGCCGGCCCGGCGUGGCCCGCGGGGGAAGACAGUCUGCGACACGCGCUGCACGGGGAGCCGCGCCGCGCCCGGUCGCGCCCCCCGCUCACCCCGCUCUGUGUCCCGCAGCCACCAUGCCUGCCCUCAGGCCUCUCGUGAAACCCAAGAUCGUCAAGAAGAGGACCAAGAAGUUCAUCCGGCACCAGUCCGACCGCUAUGUCAAGAUCAAGCGCAACUGGCGCAAACCGAGGGGCAUCGACAACAGAGUGCGCCGGCGCUUCAAGGGGCAGAUCUUGAUGCCCAAUAUUGGCUACGGCAGCAAUAAGAAGACAAAGCACAUGCUGCCUACAGGCUUCAGAAAGUUCCUGGUCCACAAUGUCAAAGAGCUGGAAGUGCUGAUGAUGAGCAACAAGUCAUACUGUGCAGAGAUAGCCCACAACGUGUCCUCCAAGAACAGGAAGGUGAUCGUGGAGAGAGCAGCACAGCUCGCCAUCAAGAUCACCAACCCCAACGCCAGACUGCGCAGCGAGGAGAACGAGUAGCCAGGCUCUGCAGCCCAGGUGUAUUUAAUAAAGUGUCAGUCCAACUCA